UGGUCGAAUUGAACACCAGAUCAAGAAAAGCCCGCUUGAAAAAAAAAAAAAAAAAAAAUCAAAUGACACAAUCAACACACUUUCAAGACGUAGGCUGAUGAUUAGUAACAGAAGGAAAUCGCAAUGGAAUCAAAGAAAACGUCAUGGCCAAUCCGGAAACAUUCCCUCCCUUUCCACCCAUCACCCGCAAAAAGUACACAAGGAGACAAGGAGUAAGAGAGGUCAGAAAAGAAAGAAGAAGAAGAAGAAAGGCAAGAAUGGUAGUCAGCGAGGAAAGAGAAAAGGACAGGGAAGAUGUCGAAGCGGAGUGGGGGUAAUAAGGGUAGGUGUAAAUAGCGGUAAAAAAAGAAAAGAAAAGAAAUAAGAAAGGUAGAAAGUCAAACCCGCGAAUAAAUGAGAACAGGUGCCUGCAAAUCUUCGAAGCCCAA